GGCUUCCCCCCUCCCUCUCACUCCUCUUUCUCUCACCAAAACACUAAAAAGCCAGGCAGCCAGCGCCGCACACCACCACCAGCAGGCAAGCAGACAAGAGCUUUCGUUUCGUCCUUGCUUCCUUGAGUCCUCCGAAGCUCGCCAUGUUCCGCUGCGGAAUCGCCUACCCACGCUGCAGGUGGAUCGUGCCCCUGCUGCUGCUCUUCGCCAUCAUCUUCGACAUCAUCGCCAUCGCCGCCACUUCGGGCUGGGUGACGGAUGAGGAGGGCAAGACGCACUACGCCAGCAUGUGGGAGCAGUACCACGGACGCAACGACAAGUGGGAGGAGGGCAAGUCCCUCAUGGAGUUCUCAUGGGCGCAGGCAGUGGCCGCCCUGAUGAUCCUCGGCCUCCUCAUCCUCAUUGGCGCCUUCAUCCUGUCCUGCGUGGCGCUGUGCUGCACGCUCAACGUCACGCUGCUGCCCAUCAUCGGAGUCAUGCUUAUUAUUGUUGUGGUGCUGCAGGUGAUCGCCCUGAUCAUCUACCCGGUCAAGUUCAACGAGCUGAUAUUCGAGGGCCACUAUUACUACACGUGGGCGUACGGCUUCGCCUGGGGCGCCACCCUGCUGUGCAUCGGCUGUGCCGUGCUCUUCUGCUGCCUUCCCCGCUACGAGGACGAGCUCACCGGCCUGGCCAAGACCAAGUACCUCUACACGUCCGCCUAAAGCUCCCCCUCGACCCCAACUACCAGCAGCAUGUCCUCCUCCUCCGUCUUGGAACAUGUGUACACUUUUGCUCCAAUUCAAGAUGGAGGUCGCAUCAGCAUCGUCAGUAGCAACCGUUUUGUCCCUCAGUGCUUCGACUUACAAAACGUCACCAAAGUGCCUACUCGCUUGUUCAGAACCGUUUGAGCUGAAGAAAUUUGAUGAAUCCAGCUCGCCAUGCAAUUUGAACUAACAAAAGGGAUCAAUUGAUCUGGAAUUUAUUGUUCCGAAAAGAUUGAUGUAAAGUGUUGAUCAGGCGCAAUUGUUCUAGACUCGAUGAUCUGGAGCAUUCAUUCCAGUGCAAGUGACCCAGUGUGAUUGAUCCGCAGCAAUUGAUCUAGCUCUCUAACAACAAAUGCGAUAAAAAAUACUUGGUAUUUUUUUGGGGCAAAUUGCAUGCUAUUUUUUCAUACUUUUAGAAAAUAGGAUAAAAGGUUUGCCACCCUGCCAUUGAAGAUUCGGGCAGCAAUUUCACACACUGGAAUUCUGGUGUUUUCCUUUUUUUUCCUUGCUUUCUUUUCCCCCAUUGCAUAUAAAAUGUGGUUUCAUGUCAUCUCUGCACCUUUUUUUUCCUUGGCAUUUGUAAUCUUCAUUUCGUCAUCUUUUUUGCCUGCACGAUCUUCAUUUGUAUUUGUCACAAAGAGGUACGAGGUGGAUUAAUUUUGCUUCGCAUUAGAUGCUGUGUGAUGUAAUAGCGCUAAAAUAGAAACUCUUUUGUGAUAUAUCAUCUUUUAGAGAAAUUAGGAUUUUAAAAAGAUGUCAGAAUGUGUGUAAACCGCUUUGAUUGUGAUAUUAAGUUUUUUUGUUGUUGGUGGUUUAAAGGAAGCAGUAAGUACCCAAAUGUGUGUUUUUUUUUCACAAACUAUCGUGUUGUGUUUGGGUUUUAUUUGAACCAGUAAAGGAGCAAACUAACAUAAUAUAGUAUGCAAAACACCAAAAUCCAUUUGUCUGAUGUGCCUUAGCUGCUCAAAUGUGAGAACUUUGCAUCUAAAUAAUCCCUGUUUGAUUUAUUAAGUGUGCAAAACAAAAAAGAGCAUAUUUUAGUUAGCAAUUCAUGUAGAUAAAAAGAUACUAUGUGAAUCGAUACUGACAGACUAAACCAAAUGCAAAUUAUUUGAAUAUGGGGAUGAAUCGUGGCAGGUUGCAUGUGCGUUGAUGAGCAGUAGGAGAAAGACGACUACUGUGCUACUACUGUAUUAACGCUCUUUGUCUUUCCGGUGGGUGCGUCACGUGUUUUUAUUAACUCUUUGCCUCUUAUUGUUCUCCUGCUGUAGUGUCAACUGAUUCUCUUUUAUUGGUAGUUUUUAUUUUUUAUGCAAUAAACGGUUUCAUUUUGACAAAA